AUGUCUGUUCCUACCCAGCCCGCAUUUAUCCACGUCGGCCCCUGGGACGAGGAGACUAGAAAGCAUCCAGCAAUGAAGUGGAUGGAGGACUACACUCUCAACUUCAACAAGCGGGGCGGUUGGGACAAAGACGAAUGCGACUGGUUUUCCCCGGACUUCACACUCGUCAAACCGGACGGCUCCUCUCACACCGGCAACGCCCAGGCGUUCAAAGAGUCCAAGGGCAUGUACCAGUUCUUCACCUCGGAGUUCCACGAGCCCUACCUGCUCGUCACGUGGGAGACCAAGGACGGGUGGGACAUGAUCGGGCAGGCCUAUCUUUUCGCCAACCUGCCGGGCCAGGCGACGGCCCAGGAGAAGAAAGUCAAGGAUCAGCAGGGACGGGAGUGGGACGUCAAAAUCCCGGGGGCGUUUGUGUUUCACUACGUGAGGCAGUCGGGGGCGCCGCACGAUGGCAUCGUGCUGAAGAGGACCGAGAUUAUGAGUGACAGUUUGCCGGCCGUGCAGAUGUUGAUGGCGAGAGGCGUGAUUGGGAAGUAG